AUGACGACGGAAGCUUUGAGUAUCAUCUUAGAGAAAGAAAUCCGUUGGAUUCUUGUUAAUUGUCCAUUUGAAGAAAUGACAACCAAGACGGUAAGAAAGUUAUUGGAGGACCGACUUGACAUGGAUUUGCGUCACCACAAAGCAUCGAUUAAAGAAGGAGUGGCGCGGGUGAUCUCAUCUAUGGAAGAGGAAGAUGUGAUCGAUUCAACGUCCCCAGCAUGUGAAGAGCCUAGUUUGGCAUCGGCUGAUCCUGUGAUGACUGAAAAGAAGAUUGAAGCGGCUGAUAAGGUUAUGCCCGUAAGCUCUGAGAAUGUUAAAAAGAGAGAAGAAAGUGUUGUGACUGAAGCAAAUGGAGUUGCUGAUGAUAUAGAAAAAACAAAAACGGAACUGGAAGCUGCUUCCAAAAAUUUGUCUUUAGCGCUGGAUUUAGAGUCGAAGAUAAUUAACGCGCUCGAUUCAUUGAGGACUUUAGACAAUGUAGACAAGAAGGUCUUGGCAGUGACAUCUCUCCAGCCGAAACUUUGUAAAUUGAGAUCCCACAAAUCGCCAAAGAUUUCAGAAUUAGUGACUUUUUUGGUUAAGAAGUGGAAUGUCGAAGAAAUAGUGCCAGCACCGAACUCAAUUACAAACGAAGAAAUUUUGGAGCUUAAAACCAAAUUGGAAAACUCGGAAACUUCACAUGACGAGUUGUCGCUGUGUUUAAAUCAGUUGAGCGAGAUGCCGUUGACCAUCGAUCAUUUGAAGAUGACGGGAAUCGCACGUGCAGUGUCUAAACUUCGUCAACACGGGAAUGACAAGGUCUCUGCUCGAGCCCAUGAGCUUCGACAAAAGUGGAUCAAGCAAAGUAACGAUCAGUCGACAGAUAAUGAAUCUGGCCCGAAUCCUCUUAAGACCCUUAAGGCUCUGAACCAUAUUCUGGAUCAAAAUAGCGAAGACUCGAAUGGGCGCAAGCUCCACAGCAAGCAACUAGCUGCACUUGAUCAACUUCACAGUAUGUCAUUAGAUACUCAAGACAUCAUCGAUUCCAAGGUUGGAAUCUCAGUGUCAAAACUGCGCAAGUCCAGUAAUGAAAAAGUAGCUAAAUUAGCGAAAAAACUGCGGAAGAAGUGGCAGGCUGAGGCAAAGGCAAAAGCUGCUGCUUAA